AUGGAGACCGAGUCACGUGUCUACCUUCAUGACACUAGAAGACGUGUUGGCUAUAUUUUUAGUUUAUCUUUCAAUUUACUUAUUCUUGCUCCUCUUUUCUUUUUCUUCUUCUUUUUCUUCUUCUUUUUCUUCUUUUUCUCAUUCGUUUUCUUUUUCUCAUUUCCUCAACAACAUUCACUUAGGCUCCCUUAUUUCCUUCUUUUUCUUACUUCCUUCUUUCUUUCUUUCUUCCUUUUUUCUUCUUUCCUUCCGUUUUUGUUGUCAUUAUUUUUGAUAUUUGUUUUCAUCUUUGAGGUUUCUUUUAAUUUAUUUUUAUUCACUUGCCCCCCCCUUUUUUCAUUGCUUUCUUUGUUUUUCUUUCCUUUCCUUCUUUCCUUCCUUCCUCUCUUCUUUCUUUCUUUCUUUUCUUCCUUUUUUCUUUUCUUCUUUCCCCCUUCCUUCAUUCUUUCCUUCCAUCCUUCCUUCUUUACUUUCUUUUCUUCUUUUCUUCUUUCCCCCCUUCCUUCCUCACUUAUUUCUUUCCUUCCUUUCUUCUUUUCUUCUUCCUUCCUUCCUUCCUUCCUUCCUUCCUUUCCUUCCUUCCGACCUUCCUUCUUCAUUCCUUCCUUCCUCACUUCUUUCUUUCUUUUCUUCCUUUUCUUUUUUCUUCUUUCCCCCUUCUUUUCUUUUCCUCUUCUUUUCUUUCCUUCCGUCCUUCCUUCCUUCUUUUUCCUUUCUUUUCCAUCCUUUUCUUCUUUUUUUUUUCAUUUCCCCAUCCUUCUUUCCUUCUGUCCUUCCUUCUUUCCUUUUUUUUUCCUUCCUUUCUUCUUUCCCCCUUCCUUCCUCACUUCUUUCUUUCCUUCCUUUCUUCAUUUCUUCUUUCCCCCUUCCUUCCUUCCUUCCUUCCGACCUUCCUUCUUCAUUCCUUCCUUCCUCACUUCUUUCUUUCUUUCCUUUCUUUCUUCUUUUCUUCUUUCCCCCUUCCUUCUUUUCCUCUUCUUUCUUUCCUUCCGUCCUUCCUUCCUUUCUUUCCAUCCUUUCUUCUUUUCUUCAUUUCCCCUUCCUUCUUUCCUUCUGUCCUUCCUUCUUUCCUUUCUUUCCUUCCUUUCUUCUUUCCCCCUUCCUUCCUCACUUCUUUCUUUCCUUCCUUUCUUCUUUUCUUCUUUCCCCCUUCCUUCCUUCCUUGCUUGCUUCCUUCCUUCCUUCCGACCUUCCUUCUUCAUUCCUUCCUUCCUCACUUCUUUCUUUCUUUCCUUCCUUUCUUCUUUUCUUCUUUCCCCCUCCCUUCUUUUCCUCUUCUUUCUUUCCUUCCGUCCUUCCUUCCUUCUUUCCUUUCUUUGCAUCCUUUCUUCUUUUCCCCUUCCUUCUUUCCUUCUGUCCUUCCUUCUUUCCUUUCUUUCUUUCCUUCCUUUCUUCUUUCCCCCUUCCUUCCUCACUUCUUUCUUUCCUUCCUUUCUUCUUUUCUUCUUUCCCCCUUCCUUCCUUCCUUCCUUCCUUCCUUCCUUCCUUCCUUCCUUCCGACCUUCCUUCUUCAUUCCUUCCUUCCUCACUUCUUUCUUUCUUUCCUUCCUUUCUUCUUUUCUUCUUUCCCCCUUCCUUCUUUUCCUCUUCUUUCUUUCCUUCCGUCCUUCCUUCCUUCUUUCCUUUCUUUCCAUCCUUUCUUCUUUUCUUCAUUUCCCCUUCCUUCUUUCCUUCUGUCCUUCCUUCUUUCCUUUCUUUCCUUCCUUUCUUCUUUUCUUUUCCUUCCUUCCCUCACUUCUUUCUUUCCUUCCUUUCUUCAUUUUUUUCUCCCCUUCCUUCCUUCCUUCCUUCCGACCUUCCUUCUUCAUUCCUUCCUUCCUCACUUCUUUCUUUCUUUCCUUCCUUUCUUCUUUUCUUCUUUCCCCCUUCCUUCUUUUCCUCUUCUUUCUUUCCUUCCGUCCUUCCUUCCUUUCUUUCCAUCCUUUCUUCUUUUCUUCAUUUCCCCUUCCUUCUUUCCUUCUGUCCUUCCUUCUUUCCUUUCUUUCCUUCCUUUCUUCUUUCCCCCUUCCUUCCUCACUUCUUUCUUUUCUUCCUUUUUCUUCUUUUUUUUUCUUUCCCCCCUUCCUUCCUUCCUUGUUUGCUUCCUUCCUUCCUUCCGACCUUCCUUCUUCAUUCCUUCCUUCCUCACUUCUUUUUUUCUUUCCUUCCUUUCUUCUUUUUUCUUUCCCCCCUUCCUUCUUUUUCUUUCUUUCUUUUCUUCCGUCCUUCCUUUUUCCUUCCUUCCUUCCAUUCCUUCUUUUCCCUUCCUUCUUUUCCUUCUGUCCAUCCAUUCUUUCCUUUCUUUUUUCCUUCCUUUCUUCUUUCCCCCCUUCCUUCCUCUGUCUUUCCUUCUUCCUUUCUUCUUUUUUCUUUUUCCUUCCUUUUCCCUUCCUUCCUUCCUUCCUUCCUUCCAUCCCUUCCUUCUUCAUUUUCCUUCCUUUUUUUUUUCUUUCCUUUCUUCUUUUCUUUUCUUCUUUCCCCUUCCUUCCUUCCUUCUUUCUUCCUUCCUUCCUCCUUCCUUUCUUUCCAUUUUCCUUUUUUCAUUUCCCCUUCCUUCCUUCUGUCCUUCCUUCUUUCUUUCUUUCCUUUCCUUUCCCUUCCUUUCACUUUUUCUUUCCUUCCUUCCUUUCUUCUUUUCUUCUUUCCCCCCUUCCUUCCUUUCCUUCCUUCCUUCCGACCUUCCUUCCUUCUUCAUUCCUUCUUUCUUUCAUUCCUUUUCUUUCCUUUUUCUUUCUUUUCCAUCCUUUCCUUCUUUUCCUUUUCUUUCUUUCCUUCCGUCCUUCCUUCCUUCUUUCCUUUCUUUUCCAUUCUUCUUUUCCCUUCCUUCUUUCCUUCUAUUCUUCCUCCUUUCUUCCUUUCUUUCUUUCCUUCCUUCUUCUUUCCCCUUCCUUCCUUUUCUUUCUUUCCUUCCUUUUCUUCUUCCUUUCCCCCCUUUCCUUCCUUCCUUCCUUCCUUCCUUCCUUCCUUCCGACCUUCCUUCUUCAUUCCUUCCUCCACUUCUUUCUUUCUUUCCUUCCUUUCUUCUUUUUCUUUCCCCCCUUCCUUCUUUUCCUCUUCUUUCCUUCCGUCCUUCCUUCCUUCUUCCUUUCUUUUCCAUCCUUUCUUCUUUUUCAUUUCCUUCCUUUUUCCUUCUGUCCUUCCUUCUUUCCUUUCUUUUCUUUUUCCUUUCUUCUUUCCCCUUCCUUUCCAUCCAUUUCUUUCCUUCCUUUCUUCUUUUCUUCUUUCCCCCUUCCUUCCUUCCUUCCUUCCUUCCUUCCUUCUUCCUUCCUUCUUCAUUUCUUCUUUCCUCCACUUUCUUUUUCUUUCCUUCCUUUCUUCUUUUCUUCUUUCCCCUUCCUUCUUUUCCUCUUCUUUCUUUCCUUCCGUCCUUCCUUCCUUCUUUCCUUUCUUUCCAUCCUUUCUUCUUUUCUUCAUUUCCCAUUCCUUCUUUCCUUCCGUCCUUCCUUCUUUCCUUUCUUUCCUUCCUUUCUUCCUUUCUUCUUUUCCCCUUCCUUCCUUCCUUCCUUCCUUCCUUCCUUCCUUCCUUCCUUCCUUCCUCCCUUUAUUCUUUCUUUCCUUCCUUCCUUCUUUUCUUCCUUCCUUCCUUCCUUCCAUCUUAGUCUUUACUAUUUGUUUUCUUCUUUGAUUUUUCUUUUUAUUCUUUUUCCCUUUCUUUGUUUUCUUGCCUUCUUAAUUCCUUCUUUACCUUCUUCUUUCCUUCCAUUAUCUUUUUUUAUGAGGGGAUAUUUACUUGAGUUUCCUGAUUAA